AUGGCUGAAAAUGCAACUCAAUCAGGGAAUGAAGAUCACACAGUUUCCCUGAAAGUUCCGGUAGACAAAGAGAAAAACAAAGUUGUGUUUGCUGAGGCAGGGAAAUAUUUUGUGGAUGUUCUACUGAGUUUCUUAACAUUGCCUUUGGGAACUAUUGCUAGACUCGUGGCUAAGGAAUCCAAUGUACAACCAGUUAAAGUUGGCAGCCUGAGCACAUUGUAUGAAAGUGUGUUGUAUCUCGAAGACAAUUUUUUAUGUGUACAAAGGUACAAGGAAAUGCUACUGCAACCAAGGAACUCUACGGAAGAUUAUUGCCAAAAACUGAUGCUGAAUAUUGAUGACACUGAGUCUAAACGCUACUACUUUUGUGAGAACUUGUUGAACUGUGGUUGUGGAGAAUUAAUGAAGAGGAUGGUGAGAUCUUUAUUCAAACUGAGUUUAGAAAAUGGCUUUGUGAAGGAAGCAAUAUCUUGGUAA